AUUCAAAAUUUUUAUUUUAAUUUCCGCUAGACUAGACUGGCAAAAAAAAGCGAAAAUUCCUGUGUCGGAUCAUGAUAGGCAAUUGGAUGAGAGAGAAAAAAAUUGUGAGAGUGAGAGAGCGAUAAAGCUUUUCCCUAUUUUCUCUCUCUAACACUUUCCUCUUUCUUUCCUUUUCUCUUUCCUUGUCUUUCUCUCUCUAGGUAUUGCGCACUCUACUAGGUGAAAUUCGUAUCACUAUGGACUGAGAAUUAUCUUCUCCAUUCUCCGCCGUACUGGCACUAUCUUCUCACUUUUAUUCUCUCUUCGAUUUGUUUUGGUGGUUAGCUUGCGCUACACUUAAUCUCUUUAGGUUUAUGGUAGAUCUAUUUGGUGUCUGAAGAAAUUCAAGCCGCUGGUAUAUUAUUGUUGUGUUUUGUUCAAUGGAAGAUACUCAGUCUGUUUCGGUGCUCAUAGAUUCUACGACUUCUAAGAUUCAACAGCUUCAGAAGGCAUUUGCUGAGCUUGAAAGUCAUCGAGCUGUUUCCUUAAAUUUGAAAUGGAAAGAGCUGGAAGCCCAUUUUCAUGGUCUGGAAAAGUCACUGAAGAGACGCUUUCAUGAGCUGGAAGAUCAGGAAAAGGAAUAUGAAUCAAAGACAGUUGAAGCACAAGAGAUUAUAGAGAAGCGUAAAGCAGCUGUUGUAGCAAAGGAGCAGGCUUCUCUAGUGAGGCUGCAGGAGAAGAGAGAUGCUGCUGUGUCUGCCAUUGCAAAUGCUAGAGACAAGCAGCGGAGAGUAUCAUGUGAAGAAUACUCUGUGGCCUCCACUGAAAGCCAAGGUGGAACCAUGGUUGACACACCAACUGAGUCUAUGAUAUCUGAGAUAACUUCUGAAUGUACUAGUGGAGCAGCGGAAGAUGGAAGUCCAGAAGUACAGUCAGCUGAUAAUGGAAAUGGGGAGGUGACAUCUUAUCCAGAGCUUGUCAAACUAUGCGGAGAGAUGAACACUGAGGGUCUUCAUGAUUUUAUAUCUGACAACCGUAAGAACCUUGCUUCAAUGAGGGAGGAAAUACCACAGGCUUUGAAAGCUGCCACUGACCCUGCUCGUUUGGUUCUCGAUUCUCUGAAUAACUUCUACCGUGGUGAUGUGACAAAUUUGGAUGCUAAAAAGGAUUCCAAUCUUUUGGGUCUUCGCCGAACAUGCAUCAUGUUGAUGGAGUGUCUUAGUGAUCUAUUUCUGAGUUUGGAUGCUGCAUCAGUUUCCAAAAUAGUCUCUGCAAAUGUCAAGGCACGAGCAAAAGCUAUUGCUGAAGCAUGGAAGCCAAAGCUGAAUGAACUUGACAUUGAAGCUGGCAGUGGAAAUUCCUUGGAGGCUCAUGCAUUUUUACAACUUUUAUCUACAUUCUCUAUUGCCUCUGACUUUGAUGCAGAAGAGCUGAUCAAACUUGUUCCUUUAGUAUCACGUCGUCGCCAAGCUGCUGAUCUCUGCCGUUCACUUGGGUUGUCUAACAAAAUGGCAGGUGUAAUUGAAGUUCUGAUAAACAGCGGCAGACAAAUUGAUGCUGUUAAUUUGGCCUUCCAAUUUGAGCUGACAGAGCAGUUUCCACCUGUGCCUUUACUGCAUUCCUAUUUGAAGGAAGCAAAAAAAGUUCUUUCUCCUGCGAAACCCGGAAAUGCAUCCCCUUCAUCUCCUAAUGCUCAGAAUAAUGAAGUGAAUGAACGAGAGCUUGGUGCCUUGAAAGCUGUCUUAAAAUGUGUGGAAGACCACAAGCUCGAAGAUCAAUUCCCUGUGGACACUCUGGCCAAACGCGUACUCCAGCUUGAGAAGGCGAAAGCAGAAAAGAAACGGGCAACUGAAGUUACUAAACCUCAAUCCAAGAGACCCCGUGCUACUAACGUAGGGUAUGGACCUCGCGUCACUAACAUCUCUGCCAACACUUCUCCCUAUGCCGCCAGGCUAACUGACAGGUACCCUCCUCAGUACGUGUUCGACAACAGACCCACCUAUGUUUACACCACUGGACCCCCAACUGACAAUCACUGCCCCCCUGUAUUGGGGGCUCCAGCUUACGGCUUUCCUCCGGGUCACGGUAAUUACUACGGUAAUGGUUAUCAGUACCAGGGCCCUCCUUAUCUUCACUAGUUAGUGCUGAUGCUAAUUGGUGACUUCCAUGAAUUUAUGUUUUUAACUGCUUAGUUUUUAACCCUUUUCUGAGAUGUCAGGUACUGUUCAGUUAAUCUUAGUAUUAAGUGCGAAAAAGCUGAGAUUAAAAACAAAAAAAAAUCUAGUGUUUUAGCUCUUUUCAGUUUCAUGUAUAAUGAGACCUUUUAAUCCUCUAAUAUAUGAACUUUGUUUUCUGUUGUA